CAUGGAGAUAUGGUCAAGAAGAGAGCUUGUAGACUAUGAGGCGAGUUAUAUAUUCUAUGCAAGGUGGAGGACAUGGUGAAAUGCACUCUUUCUCGCAACUUUUUCUCUGUGCACACUCUAACACUCUACAACCAACAUCACUGUUGCAAAUUACCUUCCUCGCCAGCAUUCCACUACACGCUACGCCAACUACAAUGAUCAAGGCACAGAGAAACGAGUUUACAUUCUACAACUGUGUCCAGGGACUGCUGGACAGGAAAGCGGCGAUCCAGACACAGGAGCGUCGCAUUGAUCAGGGUCUCCCGGUCAGGGACGAGGACAGACCUGUGCUAUUGACCAAGUCAGAAAAAAAUUACUUGAUUCGGUCGCACUCAACAGUGCCAGUUCAAGUGAGAAACGUCCUUUUAAAUGUGUUCGUCCAAUUUGAAAGGCGCGAGGAUAGAAGCAUGGAUUUCAUCUGCCAUUACAAGCGAGUCUGCGCCCAUUCCAACAUCCCGAUCAACGUUUCAGGGCUUCAACUUAUUGGCAGCGCUCAAGUUCUCCCUGAUGAUUUGAAGGUCGUCAAUGCCUCAGGAAGAGUGGUUGGUGCAACUAUCCGAGAGUUCAUGCGGAGCUUGGGCACUGCAAAUAUUCAACAGCAACAUGCACAGCGCAUGCAAAUCAUGACGUUUCAAGAGCAACAGCGCACGCUGAUCACAGCCAUGGAGCAACGGAUCCUGAGCUCUAUUGCCCAGAUUGCUGCAGGUCAAGGGCAGGGGCAAGCUGCACAAGCUGCUUCUGCUUCUGACACCGGACCUUCCAGUCCGGUUUCUACAAGUAGAAAAAGAACGCACUCUGACGUCCCUCACUUUGGAACAUUCAGGCCCCCUAGUUGUAUGUCUCCAACUGAAAAUAAGUAAAAUAAAAAUGGCGGUUUGGUGGAGCGAGUGUAGAUCGAUAUAAAAAUUGUGCAGAUGUAGAGACGGGAAAGCGCAUGGUCUCGCCUUGCUUAUCAUUUUCCACGACAGUGAAAGCUAGCUCACUCCCUACGCGUCGGCAUGCUUGCAAACGAUUGGAGUAUCUGGGGUGUCGAAGGAUCUAGGGUGAAAAGGAUAUUUUAUUG